AUGGCGUCAGACGACGAGUUGAAGAUGGCCCUGGAGAAGUUUGGCGAGUCCCUGCAUCACGCGCAGGUGGGCAUGAAUGCGUUGCUGGACAGCGAUGUGGAGCAGAUCUCGCAGUUGGCCGCGUUUGCUGAGGGCCUGCUGGACUAUCACAGGCAGUGUGUGGGCAUUUUGGAGACACUGGCUGAGAAGCUCGAAACUUCGAAGGAGGAAGCCAAGAGGCAACCGAAGAAGGAAAUCCCGAUCAAGCCUAUGACUGAUCUGCACUUGUCGAUCCCGGAUUCGAAUUCCGAUGGAUCGCCGAUGAAUACCGCGUCUCCGGCUCGAAGCCCGAUGAAUCAGAAUGGACCUUGUUGCACGGCAUUGUACGACUUCGAUCCAGAGAACCCUGGAGAACUCGGCUUCAAGAACUGGUACGAGGGCUCCGUGCGUGGACAAAAGGGAUUGUUCCCGGUGACUUAUGUGCAGAUCGUUGUGCCAUUGCCGUAA